AUGUCUCAAACAAAUGCCACAAAUGCAAAGGAGCCAUUACCUUUCGCAUACCAAUUCUUUGCGGGUGCUGUCGCAGGUAUCUCAGAAUUAUUAGUAAUGUAUCCAUUAGAUGUUGUCAAGACAAGAAUGCAAUUACAGACGAAUUCUCUAAGUCCAGAUGCAUACCGUGGGCUGUUCGAUUGUCUUGGAAAAAUUGUCAAAAGAGAAGGUGCAAAACAACUAUAUAAAGGUAUAACUUCUCCCAUUUUCAUGGAAGCACCAAAACGUGCCACUAAAUUUGCGUUUAAUGAAAAAUUUCAAAAAGUAUAUGGUUCAUUAUUUGGUUUAAGGAAAGGUGAAGUGAACCAAACAGUAUCUAUAUUAAGUGGUGCAUCUGCAGGUGUCACAGAAGCAUGUGUUAUCGUUCCGUUUGAACUAGUCAAAGUGAAAUUGCAAGAUGUAACAUCAAAACAAUUUAAUGGUCCAAUAGAUGUAGUUAGAAAGAUUCUUAAAACGGAAGGUAUAUUGGGUUUGUAUAGUGGUCUUGAAGCUACAAUUUGGAGGCAUGCAUUAUGGAAUUCUGGUUAUUUUGGUGUCAUUUUCCAGGUCAGAUCUUUGCUACCUAAAGUGGAGAGUCGUGUAGAUAAGAUUAGAAACGAUUUGAUUGCAGGUACUGUAGGUGGUACAGUUGGUUGUAUAUUUAAUACACCAUUUGAUGUUGUUAAAUCACGUAUCCAAAGUGAUAGUAAUUGUGUAACAGAUCCAAAUAACCCAUUGAAAGUUAUCAAGAAAUAUAAUUGGUCUGUGCCAGCUGUGAAAACAAUAUAUCAAGAAGAAGGGUUUGCUGCAUUGUACAAAGGUUUUGUUCCAAAAAUUGCACGUUUAGGCCCAGGUGGUGGUAUCCUAUUAAUUGUAUUCGGUGGAGUCACUGAAUUCCUUCAAAAGCUAAGAGAAUAA